AUGUUUAGGCCCCUGACCCGAGCUUGGAGGGGUCUCCUGCCCUCUAAGGCCUUGCUGUCCAUGAGGGGCACCAGCAGGGGAGCCAGGGGUAACACCAACCCGAUCAACAAAGUUGCCGUGGUCACAGGAUCUACAAAUGGGAUCGGUUUUGCCAUCGCCCGGCGUCUGGCCCAGGACGGGGCUCAUGUGGUGGUCAGCAGCCGGAAGCAGGAGAAUGUGGACCAGGCGGUGGCAACGCUGCAAGGGGAGGGGCUGAGCGUGACGGGCACCAUGUGCCAUGUAGGGAAGGCUGAGGACCGGGAGCGGCUGGUGGCCACGGCUGUGAAGCUUCAUGGUGGCGUGGACAUCCUGAUCUCCAAUGCUGCCGUCAACCCUUUCUUUGGAAACUUGAUAGAUGUCACCGAGGAGGUGUGGGACAAGAUUCUGGACAUUAACGUGAAGGCCACAGCCCUGCUGACAAAGGCAGUGGUGCCAGAAAUGGCGAAACGAGGAGGCGGCUCAAUAGUGAUCGUGUCCUCCGUCGCAGCCUACAGCCCAUUUCCUAGCCUGGGUGCUUACAACGUUUCUAAAACAGCUUUGCUGGGCCUCACUAAGAACCUGGCCAUUGAACUGGCACAGUGGAAUGUUCGGGUGAACUGCCUGGCGCCUGGACUCAUGAAGACUAGCUUCAGCCGUAUGUUGUGGGAGAAUCAGGAAAGAGAGGAGAGCAUAAAAGCAGCCAUGCUGAUCAAAAGGAUAGGCAAGCCAGAGGACUGUGCCGGCAUCGUGUCUUUCCUAUGCUCUGAAGACGCCAACUACAUCACUGGGGAGACAGUGGUGGUGGCUGGAGGGGUCCUAUCUCACCUCUAA